AGGGUUUGUCAUAAUUUAUUCUGGUAAAAGUAAAUAACAUGAAUAUUAAGCUAUGAAUUCGUUUAGCAGCUGAUACAUUUAGCGGGUCUAAACGUCAAGCACGCAAUAAAAGAACAGAGCAGUUUAUUUCUAAAAACAUUUAUAUAUUUCACAGGUCUCACACACGGACAACCCCGUUCUCGGUACAGUAAAAGAUCACAGUGACGUCACACAUGCCAGAAGAGUUGUUCAUACAUUCCGUGUUUACAACACACCGCCAGAGAUUCACGCAAAGCAUGACGGGCAAUGUAGUUCCGUGAGGCGCUCCAACACAGGCUGACGUGAGCACGCGCUUGUUUAUGGACCACAUUUCCCACAAGCCUUCGCGAAACGAGUUUGCCUGGCGACGCACUGGCGUUCGCGACUCCAGGCAGUUAAUGUAGUUCUUUGCGCGGCUCGCGCUGUAGACUGACAGGCCGCACGGACUACAUUACCCAGCCUCCCGCGCGCCGCUGGUAAAUAGAGCUGUCAAACAACAUCGACGCCAUUUCGACAACAGCCUUAAAAUGGAAGUAAAAUACAGAGCGAGGAUCGUUCCUCACUGAAUAAGAAGCGACGCGCGCUUCUCACGCUCGCGAACACAGACGCGCUUUAACGGACACUUUGAAGACGCCCCGCGGCGACGCGAUGGAUAUCAGCACUGCGGUGUUUAACGCGGCGAGAGACGGAAAACUGAAACUCAUCCAGAAGUUGCUGAGCAACAAAAGUCCGCAGGAGCUGGAGGCGCUGGCGGAGGAGAAGACGCAGGGAGGCACGCCGCUGCUCAUCGCCUCGCGCUACGGACACCUGCAGGUGGUGGAGUACCUGCUGGAGCACUGCAGGGCCGGCGUGGAGCUCGGGGGCGCCGUCAGCUUCGACGGGGAGACGAUAGAAGGCGCUCCGCCGCUGUGGGCCGCCUCCGCCGCGGGGCACCUGCCGGUGGUGAAGACGCUCCUGGAGCACGGAGCCUCCGUCAACAGCACCACCCUCACCAACUCCACCCCGCUGCGGGCCGCCUGCUUCGACGGACACCUGGAGAUCGUGCGCUACCUGGUGGAGCAUCACGCGGACCUGGAGGUGGCCAACCGUCACGGUCACACCUGUCUGAUGAUCUCCUGCUACAAGGGCCACAAGGAGAUCGCCCAGUUCCUGCUGGAGCACGGGGCCGACGUCAACCGGCGGAGCGUGAAGGGCAACACGGCUCUACACGACUGCGCCGAGUCCGGCAGCCUGGAGAUCCUGAAGCUGCUGCUGAAGGGUGGAGCGAGGAUGGAGCGGGACGGGUACGGCAUGACCCCGCUCCUCGCCGCCAGCGUCACUGGACACACCAACAUCGUGGAGUACCUGCUGCACCAGCCGCGGUCCGCCCGAGAGCCCCGCAUCGACGCGCUGGAGCUGCUGGGGGCCACCUUCGUGGACAAGAAGCGUGACCUGCUGGGCGGCAUGCGCUACUGGAGGAGAGCCAUGGAGCUGCGGCAGACGGGCGACAAGAGCCUGGCUAAACCGGCCCCGGGGCCCCCGGUGCCCGCGUACGACUGCGCCCGCGAGGUGUGUACGGCCGAGGAGCUGGAGGCGCUGGUCACUGACCCGGACGAGAUGCGCAUGCAGGCGCUGCUGAUCCGAGAGCGCAUCCUCGGGCCCUCGCACCCCGACACCUCCUACUACAUCCGCUACCGCGGGGCCGUGUACGCCGACUCGGGCGACUUCGAGCGCUGCAUCCGUCUGUGGAAGUACGCUCUGGACAUGCAGCAGAGACACCUGGACCCGCUCAGCCCCAUGACCGCCAGCAGCUUCCUGUCCUUCGCCGAGCUCUUCUCCUUCGUGCUGCAGGACCGAGCCAAGGGCCGCGUCGCUCGGGUCAGCUUCCAGGACCUGAUGGGUGUUCUGAGGAAGAGUGUGUGUGAGGUGGAGCGGGCCGUGGCGCAGCGGGACAGUCCUCCGGAGACGCCUCAGUUCACCAAAGCACUGUCCAUCAUCCUGCACCUGCUGUUCCUGCUGGAGAAGCUGGAGUGUGCUCCGGAGCAGGAGCACCAGAAGCGUCUGACCGUGUACCGGCUGCUGAAGCUCAGCCCGCGGGCGAGGAGCGGCUACACCCCGCUGCACAUGGCUGUGGACAAGGACACCACGUCUGUGGGCCGUUACCCGGUGGGGCGCUUCCCGUCUCUGUGUGUGGCGCGUCUGCUGCUGGAGUGCGGUGCUGACGUAGACUCCCGCGACUGUGAGAACAACACCCCGCUGCACGUCGCCGCCGCUAACGGCUGUCCGGAGAUCAUGGCGGCGCUGAUCCGGGCCGGAGCGCACUUCGACGCCACCAACGCCCAGCACAAGACAGCCUACGAGCUGCUGGACGAGCAGAGCAGCGGGCGACACGCGCUCCACCCGCUCAGCUACGUCACGCUGCAGUGUCUGGCGGCACGCACCAUCCUGAGACACAGACUGCCCUACAAAGGACUGACCACGGAGCAGAUGGAGGCCUUCAUCGAGCUGCACUGACCCCAGCAGACUGACAGGUUGCAGGCUUGUUUCAGGUCAUCAGCUGCGUGUGGACGGGCGAGUGACCUGAUCAGAGCAGAACUGACCCGCAGCCGUCUCUCCUGAAGUGUCAUAAUGCUGUUGUGUAUUACUCUCUCUCUUUGAGACGCUGAAGGACUGAAGCCCAUGGUGCCAAACACUAGCCUUACAUCAUCAUCAUCCUCAUCAUCUGUGAAUGUGUGUGUGGCGGUGGUUUUAAUGUGUUUUUACUGGCUCUGUGCUCUUCUUCUUUUGGGGAUUCGACUGUAACAUACAGAACUUGGCACUUUAUCCACUCUAAAUGAGAAAAGCUGACCUUACAUUGAUAUCUAUGCAGUUUAUUAACAGGUGGAUUUGGAGCGACAGAUUUGACAACCCGGGCUGUUUUUGUGUUUAGUGUGGUUUUGUUUUUGUUUUUUUUGCUGGAGUUAGGUGGAAAGCUUCAGAUGCGUUGGAGUCUCAUCCUGAUUGGCUUUAAGUGAAUUGUUCUUGGUGAGAUGUGAUGGCUGUAAUGAUGUUUCUCUGUUGUCGGUCUGUCGUUGUAAAUGCACCCAGUGAAAGCACUUUGAAAAUCUUAACACUUUAAGCUCUAAACCAGAGAAACUACAGCUGAUUUGGUUAAUUUAAGACAUGUAUGGUGAUGCCUGAAUAAAACGAGUGUCCCGUCCGUUCGUCUGAUGUCUGUUGGUCUCUGAAUCCAUUGAUUGUAGACUUUCUUUUCAGGUCGAGAUGAUCGCAGACGGCAGAUGUGCAUCUCUGAAUCCUGCAAGUGUUUCCUUUUGAUAACUUCAUAUUUCAGAGAGCUGUAGUUUAUAUCUCCGUGUAUUGCACCCGGCCGUAAAUGUCUCUGUGUUUAUUAUAAUUUGAGUAUCUGGUAGGUCUUGGGAUUUCAUGUUCCGGUGAUCUACAGUUAAUGUGAUUAUAUACAUUUGUCAUCAAAACAAACAUAUUUCACCCUAAAGCCAAGAAAGUGUAAAGAAAGUGUACUUUAAGAAAUAUUUCUGUUGAGGAUUCAUCACAGCUCUCCUGUAUCUACUGCAGAAAUACAGAACAACACGCUUCCUAAGGCAAAUUACAUGUGUCAAGUAUGAUUGGAAGAAUACCUCCUGCUAACAUUUGUUGAUUUUAAGAAAAAAAAAAACCCUAGCUGUGUCUGAACAGAAGGAUCUUCAUCCCUGAAGAAGCUGAACAUAAAGAGUGAGUGAGGGAGAGAUAUGAAGCAUUCGUUCCUCAGGCUGAAGCACCGCAUCACAGAGCUGGAUGUGAAAGCUGAUCUUCAGGCGAGCAGAUAUAAAUAGCGUGUCAUGAUCGUCCAUGUGUGGGUUCUCCUGAGAGCCGUGACUAUUUUCGGGGCUCGAGGUCUUGUGUGUAAUCGAACCCUUGGCUCUCGGGUCAGUGAUCCUGAAGGUCUGGAGCUGCUCGUCCACUGCAGGAACUCGAUCUCCUCAAACGCUCGUAAAGUCUCAGAUGGACGAGAUCUGCGUCUCGACGAAAAGCACAUCAAUGUCUUUCAGCUCAAAGGUCAUCAUCGCUGGAUCUUCUUCCAGACAGAGAUGUGUUUCAGUUCAGUGUUUAUAUAUUCAGGACACACAUCAUCCCACAGCUGUGAACCACCAUAAAACACUCUUUUCCAUAAAGAAUUAAAUAAAAAUGCAUUAUUUCAA